CGCCCGCGUCCCCAGCCCGUGCGCCCUGCCCCGCGCUGCCGCCGCACCGGCGCCUCGCCUCGGCCCACAGUCCCCACGUCUCUCCCUGUCGAGCCCAGCAAUGAAGCUGUGGCUGCUGCUUGGUCUCCUGAUCGUGCACGAAGCGCUGGAGGAUGUUGCUGCCCAACACCUUCCCAAAAACAAGCAGCCAAAGGAGCAAGGAGAGAAUAGAAUCAAACCGACCAACAAAAAGGUGAAACCCAAAGUUCCUAAAAUAAAAGACAGGGACACAGCAGAUUCAACGCCAAAGAGUCAGUCUAUCAUGAUGCAAGUGACAGAAAAAGGUCGCUUCCAGAGACCUGCUGCUACCCUGAGUCUGGCAGCGGGGCAGACUGUAGAGCUUCGAUGUAAAGGAAGUAAGAUAGGAUGGAGCUACCCUGCCUAUCUCGAUACUUUUAAGGACUCCCGCCUCAGCGUGAAGCAACAUGAGCGCUACAGCCAGCUGACCCUAGUCAACUCCACCGCAGCCGACACAGGGGAAUUCAGCUGCUGGGGGCAGCUCUGCACUGGCUACAUCUGCAGAAGGGACGAGGCCAGAACGGGCUCUACCUACAUCUUUUUUACAGAGAAAGGAGAACUCUUUGUACCUUCUGCCAGUUAUUUUGAUGUUGUCUACCUGAACCCGGACAGACAGGCUGUGGUUCCUUGUCGAGUGACUGUGCUGUCAGCCAAAGUCACACUGCAUAGGGAGUUCCCUGCCAAGGAAAUCCCAGCCAAUGGAACGGACAUUAUUUACGACUUGAAGAGAGGCUUUGUGUAUCUGCAGCCUCAUUAUGACCACCAGGGGGUGGUCUAUUGCAAGGCCGAGGCCGGGGGCAAGUCUCAGAUCUCCAUCAAGUACCAACUGCUCUAUGUGGAGGUCCCCAGUGGUCCCCCAUCAACAACCAUCUUGGCCCCCUCAAACAAAGUGAAAGGUGGGGAUGACAUCAGUGUGCUCUGCACUGUCCUAGGGGAGCCUGAUGUCGAGGUGGAAUUCAGAUGGCUCUUUCCAGGGCAGAAGGAUGAAAGGCCUGUAACAAUUCAAGAUACUUGGAGGCUGAUCCACAGAGGACUCGGACACACCACAAGAAUCUCCCAGAGUAUCAUCACAGUUGAAGACUUUGAGACCAUCGAUGCAGGCUAUUACAUCUGCACUGCUCAGAAUCCCCGAGGACAGACUACAGUAGCCACCACUGUUGAGUUUUCCUGACUUGGAAAGUGAAGUAUCGUGAACUGAUGGAAAGCCCAUUUGUGUACACAAUCAGUCUUGGGCUUUUUAUUAGUGCUUUGCCAGAGGCUGAUAUCAAUAGCAAGUGGCAAUCCCUGCCUGUGAGUCAGAUCCAGACAUCCAAACUAAAAGGAAGUCAUCCAUCUAUUAACAGAAAGCAUGUAUUUCUAACAGAAAGCAUGUAUUUUGAUUGCUUACCUAUGUCCAUGUUUUUUAUACUAAAAAAGCAUAUACACCAACAACCUUAUAUAAUCAUUUCUAUUAAAUGAGCAAGUUUUUAUAAAAAAUUUAAAAAUGGGUUAAGUGCUUGUUUUUUAAGUUGGCUUAAAGGAUACUAAGAAAGAUUUGUUGACAGUAAUACUUCAGUCAAUAUAUAGGGUUCUCUUUGAUGUAAUAAUCCUACUACAUCAGAUUUUUUAAAUGUACUAAUACAUAGUUCAGCUACUUAUCUACAAGCAGCAACUUAAGUUUCAAAUGCUUAGACAUAUCACUUUUCCUCAGUAGCAAUUUUAAAGCUAAUGUGAUUUUACAAAGGUAUCAAAAAAAUCAAGUAUACUUGCUUCUUUGUAAAUGGAUGAACUCUAAAGUCCUAAUUUUAGAUUAUUCAAUAAGAACUAGAACAUGUGUUUUUAGAGGUUUAACUUUCAACAUAGAUAACACAGAUUAAGAAAUAUUUAAUUUUUUGAAUGGUGUCAAAAGUUUAUUUGAAAAGUGAAAGGUCAAGGGGUAAGGGAAAAACUGGCUCUGCAGAGCACACUUGGGCCAAGCGAAUGAAAGGAGAAAAAGAGCAAAAAUAAAAGUACACCCUGGUCUAGAAGGGUUACUGUGAAGAGUCAUGCUAGACAAGAAAUAUUUAACCUUGUCUAGACCUAUCUUUAAAAGUAUUUAGAGUGCAGUGUAUUAAAACCAGGCAAAAUUUCUCAAAUACAUGUCUUUGAAUUUAAAAAAGCUCAGCCCUAACUCUAGCUCUGUGAGCCCAUUUUAGUCCAUGACAAAUUCCAUGGUUUGGACUAGAAAUUUCUGUGAAAUGGCUUAGGAGACAUAAUCUUGGUUAUAAGAAGUACAAUGAGUGACAUUUUGAAAAGUAAAAUAGACCAGAGGCUGCAAUUCUUAUAUUGGAUAUUCCAGCAUUAUUUAUUUGAUCAAAAUAAAAAAUUUUCCAUCACUACAAACAGCACAGCUACCACUGUUUACACAUCUAUUUUGAUGACGUGCCAACAUUUUGCAUCCUGUGUGAAACAUUUGGUUUAAACAAAUCUCAAAAAUUCUCUAUUUCCUAUAUUCUCUCCUGUUGUCUCCCAUCCUCUGAGAACAUUUUUGUUAAUUGCUGUAAGAUUUCCAAGACACCUAAACAAUAUGGAGGAUAGCAGGGAAUAGCAUGAGAUUACAAUGCAUAGGGGAUGAAUGGCAAACCCAACUUUGGCCAGUGUCAUUGAGAACAACAUAGAAGUGGGAGCAGAGAUAUUCCAGGAGCGGGCAGUGAAUCUAUGACCCACUUAUCGGAAGCAAACAUGGAAGUUACAUACAUAAUAAACUCUUGGAGGUUAAAGACCUCAAACACAAUCACUAUUUAAAAUAAACAUGCAUGAUGAA